UUGUAUUUACAGUGACUCUGAACUCGUUAAGGGCAGGAACUGACUUAGUGUUAAACCCUGUUGCCUGUCCCUGGCACAGCACUAGGACAGUGUGUACUCUGAACUCACUUAAGUUGUUUUGAGUCACAAACCGUUUGAAAAUUUAGUGAGAGCUAUUGAUCCCUCGCCUCCCUAACACCGCUUCUCCCACCCGCUCCCAAACACACACAAAUGCUCAGAUACAGGACAUGUGGUUUGCUAUUUCAGAUAAUUUCCGAGAUCUCCCCUGAUGCCCAUCCCUGGAUCCCAGAGCCUGGCAAGUAGUAGGCAUUCAAGUAUUUAUAGUCAUCAGAUAGUAGGUGUUCAGUUAAUCAUUUUUAAAUACAGGAAACGCUCUCCACUUCACAGGAGGAGGGAAGAUAGAUAUCCUAUUAACAAGUUUUAAUCACUGGCUUGGAAGUGUGUUACUCUUAAGUUUCCCAACAGCUCUCCUCCAUUUUGAAGCUUGGGAGAAUUAACUGGCUUUAGGUCAUUCAACCUGAGUGGUGGCGGCAAGAAUUCAAACGCAUAUCUAUCUGACACUCUAAAGCCCCGUGUUCUUAACCUCUAGCUAGUAGAAAUAGGUGCAGAAAAGUAUUUGAAUGUAUUCCAUCGCCUCUAUUGGUGAUUAUGAGAUGGUUUUUAUCAACAUAGGUAACCCCAAACCGUACAUUGCAUGGUAUGGAAAUACUUUUUGCCUGUCUCCUUUUCUUCCAUGGUACCUGUAUUGUUUGUUUAAUAAUGACAACAUGUUUUACAGCCUUCACUCUAUGCCCAUAUUUAUUCAAACCUUGUAACUUUGGUUGAUACUUAAUCAGGUGUGUUGACUGAUUAUGACAAUGUCUGUUAUGUUGCCUUGUUCGUCUUGCCCUCUAAAGGAGAUAUUUUUGAUGAUAAUUGAAAUAUAAGAUGAUGAUAUUUAGGCUUUAUUUCUCUUUCUUUUCUGUACUACUUUUAAAGGGACAGUUUUAGGGAUCUUGGAACCAUUGCCAACAUGUCUGACAUUCAAGAAGCCACUAACCAACUCCUAGAUGUGAACCUUCGUGAGAACCAGAGAUCUGUACAAGUGACAGAAAGUGACCUCAGAAGUGAGUCUGAGCUUCUAGUCACUAUUGGAGCCACUGUACCUACUGGCUUUGAGCAAACAGCAGCAGAUGAAGUGAGAGAGAAAUUGGGGUCAUCAUGCAAAAUCAGCAGAGACCGUGGCAAGAUAUAUUUUGUCAUUUCAGUGGAAAGUCUGGCUCAGGUUCAUUGUUUGAGAUCAGUUGAUAACUUAUUUGUGGUUGUUCAGGAGUUUCAGGAUUACCAGUUCAAAAAGACAAAGGAAGAAGUUCUAAAGGAGUUUGAAGACUUGGCUGGAAAACUUCCAUGGUCAGACCCUUUAAAAGUAUGGAAAAUUAACACCAGUUUUAAGAAAAAAAAAACAAGGCGCAAAAAGAUAAAUCAGAAUUCAAGUAAAGGGAAGAUUGAUAAUGGAAAAGACAACGAAAUAGAUGAGACAGGUAUUAAAAAAGAGUUCACUGACAAUGCUUUAGAUUCACAUAUCUUAGAUUAUUAUGAAAAUCCAGCCAUCAAAGAGGAGAUAUCAACAUUAGUAGGUGAUGAUUUGGCAUCUUGUAAAGAUGAGACUGAUGAAAGCACAAAACAAGAAACUGAGCCUCAAGUGCUGAAGUUUAGAGUCACGUGCAACAGGGCAGGAGAGAAACAUUGCUUUACCUCAAAUGAGGCUGCAAGAGAUUUUGGAGGUGCUAUUCAAGAUCAUUUUAAGUGGAAGGCUGACAUGACCAACUUUGAUGUGGAGGUUCUUUUGAAUAUCCAUGAUAAUGAAAUCCUUGUAGGCAUUGCAUUGACUGAAGAGAGUCUUCACCGAAGAAAUAUCACACAUUUUGGACCUACAACUCUUAGAUCAACUCUUGCCUAUGGGAUGCUCAGGCUCUGUGAUCCUCUACCUUACGAUAUAAUAGUCGAUCCAAUGUGUGGAACAGGGGCAAUACCGAUAGAGGGGGCUGCUGAAUGGUCUGAUUGUUACCAUAUUGCUGGUGAUAAUAAUCCACUGGCUGUAAAUAGAGCAGCAAAUAACAUCUCAUCUUUAUUGACCAAGAACCAAAUUAAAGAAGGCAAACCAUCCUGGGGCUUGCCCAUAGAUGCUGUUCAAUGGGAUAUCUGUAAUCUGCCAUUAAGAACGGGCUCUGUGGACAUUAUUGUAACAGAUUUGCCAUUUGGAAAAAGGAUGGGCUCCAAGAAGAGAAACUGGAACCUUUAUCCAGCUUGCCUACGGGAGAUGGGCCGUGUCUGUACACCUGCAACAGGCCGAGCUGUGCUACUCACUCAGGACACGAAAUGCUUUACCAAGGCAUUAUCUGGAAUGCGACAUGUAUGGCGAAAGGUGGAUACAGUUUGGGUGAACAUUGGGGGUCUUCGUGCUGCAGUUUAUGUUCUGGGACGUACGCCUCAACCUUUUGUUUGUCCUUCAGAACAAGAUGGAGAAAGAGGAACUCCUUGGUAAUGCAAAGGAUGAAGAUGACUAAUAGUAUUCAUGCUUCCCAACACUGGAAAUGUCAGCACGAAGAACUUGCUUUUGGAGAAAAAUAAUAUUAACAAAAGUGCAGUCUGUACUCUUAAAACCAGUCCAAAGCUCUUCAUGCUAGUUAGCAAAAGGUGUGAUGGAAUUGAAAAAGUUUUAUGAGA